UGAGCGCUGCAGCUGGUUGUCAGACGGGGGCCGGAGAUUUUUGGAGGAGGCUCAAAGGGAGAACAUUACGGAGCGACAGGACGGAACCAGCCUCUGACUUCACAAAACUUUUGGAUUCUCAGAUUUUCAAAAAUCAACCAACUAAAGAUAUUACACAUUUCCCCUGAACGUUUUUUGUCCUAUGAUGAAAAUGUCCAGUAGCCCUAUUGCUAGGGUACUGGUGGUGCUUUGCAUCGGGACCGCUGUGAACUGUAUGCCGAAAGGAAAUGGCAAAAGCAGGAGGCAGGCUCAUGCGCAGGGAGAAGGCAGAAUACCUUCAGUCUCAUCGGUCUCUCAAGACGGCUGCAUUGAGAAUGGCCAGAUGUACAACAGGAACGACCAAUGGGAGCGUCCCUAUCUGGGCACUAUGUUAAUUUGCACUUGUCACGGAGUUGCAGGAAUAAAGUGUAAAACGAAACCCGAAGCUGAGGAGACGUGCUACGAUAAGAUCAACGCCCGAUCCUAUCUAGUAGGGGAGACCUACGAACGACCCAAAGAGGGCAUGAUUUGGGACUGCACAUGCAUUGGCUCUGGACGGGGCAAAAUCAGCUGCACUAUCGCCAAUCGUUGCCAUGAGGGGGGCCAGUCCUAUAAGAUCGGGGACACGUGGAGGAGACCUCAUGACACGGGCAGCUACAUGUUGGAGUGUGUCUGCCUGGGCAACAACAAGGGAGAAUGGACCUGCAAACCCGUCGCGGAGCGUUGCUAUGACAACACGGCUGGAACUUCCUACGUGGUGGGAGAGACCUGGGAGAAGCCCUACCAGGGUUGGAUGAUCGUGGACUGCACCUGUCUGGGGGAGGGAAGCGGACGAAUCACAUGCACCUCUAGAAAUCGCUGUAACGACCAGGAUACGCUGACAUCCUAUCGCAUCGGAGACAGCUGGAAGAAGGCCGACGCCCACGGUCACAUGCUGCAGUGUCUGUGCACUGGGAAUGGACGAGGGGAGUGGAAGUGUGAGAGACACGCCUCCCUCCACACCACCGGCCUUGGCACAGGGUCCCGUGUGAUCACCAACAUCCAGCCGGCUGUGUUCCAGCCCCAGCCCGGCCUGGAGCCUCCGCCCGGUCUGGCCCUGGAGGGCGCCUGUCGGACGGAUGCUGGAGUGGCCUACGCCCUGGGGAUGCGCUGGAUCAAGACCCAAGGGAGCAAGCAGAUGCUCUGUACUUGUCUGGGAAACGGAGUCAGCUGUGAAGAGUGGGAGGGUCCAGCCCCAGUGUAUGGAGGGAACUCCAAUGGUCAGCCGUGCGUGUUUCCCUUCACCUACAUGGGGAAGACAUACCACUCCUGUAUAUCGGAGGGGCGCAGCGACGGCCAGCUGUGGUGCUGCAUCUCCUCAGACUGCGAGACCGAACAGAAGUACUCUUUCUGCACUGAGAAGAAUGUGAUGGUGCCGACCAGGGGAGGCAAUUCCAACGGCGCCGUGUGUCAGUUUCCCUUCAUUUACAACGGGAGGAACUACACCGACUGCACCGCCGACGGGCGGAGGGAUGGAAUGAAGUGGUGCGGCACCACCACCAACUAUGACGGAGAACAGAGGUUCGGCUUCUGCCCCAUGGCUGCCCAUGAGGAGGUGUGUACGACCAGCGAGGGGGUCAUGUACCGCGUGGGGGACCAGUGGGACAAGCGACACGACGUCCUGGGUCACAUGAUGCGCUGCACCUGCGUGGGGAACGGCCGCGGGGAGUGGAGCUGCGUCGCCUACUCUCAGCUGAAAGAUCAGUGCAUUGUGGACGGCCUGACCUAUGAGGUGAACCAGACCUUCACCAAGCUCCACGAGGAGGGCUACAUGAUGAAUUGCACCUGCUUCGGGCAGGGGCGUGGCCGCUGGAAGUGUGAUGCCAUUGACCAGUGUCAGGAGCCGGAGACCAGAGUGUUCUAUCAGAUUGGCCAAUCGUGGGACAAGCUGAUUCACGGCAUUAUGUACAAGUGCUAUUGCUAUGGCAACGGCAUUGGAGAGCUCAGCUGCGAGCCCCAGCAGUCUUUCAGUGGUGGUCACCGCCCAGUCCAGGUCAUCCUCACAGAGUCUGGAAACCUGCCCAACUCUCAUCCCAUCCAGUGGAACGCCCCGCCCUCCGCUCACAUCACCCAGUACAUCCUUAAAUGGAGAGUGAAAAACAGCCGUUCACCCUGGAGGGAGGUGAAUAUCCCAGGGCACGUCAACUCCUACACCAUCGCAGGCCUCAAGCCGGGCCUCACCUACGAAGGUCAGCUGAUCAGCGUUCUACGUUUCGGACGGCGGGAGGUUACACGCUUUGACUUCACCACCACAUUUGGCUCCUUGGCCACCUCAGAAGGCGAGUCCACCCAGCUCCCCCCAGUGGUGGACACCAGUGAGUCCGUGACAGAGAUCACUUCCAGCAGCUUCGUCAUCUCCUGGAUGUCUGCCUCCGACACCGUGUCGGGCUUCAGGAUCGAGUAUGAGCUCAGCGAAGAGGGCCGAGAGAGGGGACAGCCCAUGAUCCUGGACCUCCCACGCACCGCCACCUCGGUCAACAUCAACGAGCUCCUGCCAGGCAGGAAGUACACGGUCAAUGUGUAUGAGGUCGUCCCAACCGGAGAGCCCAACCUCAUUCUCACUACGUCUCAGACCACUGCCCCAGACGCUCCUUCUGACCCCGAGGUGGACGAGGCGGGUGAGACCUCCAUUACAGUCAGCUGGGACAAACCCCUGGCUCCCAUCACAGGGUACCGGGUGGUCUACACGCCCUCCGUAGAGGGCAGCAGCAAUGGGGACGCCACAGAACUGACCCUGCCAGACACCGCGACCUCUGUGACCCUGGGUGACCUUCGGCCUGGCCAGUUGUACAACAUCAGUAUCUACGCUGUGGAGGACAGCCUGGAAAGUGUACCAGUCUUUGUACAGGUCAACACAACUGGAGAUCCCCUGCCAGAGGAGGUUCCGUCCCCUACGGACCUGCAGUUCUUCGAGGUGUCCGACGUGAAGAUGGUGAUCACCUGGACCGGGCCCAAUACAGACGUGUCGGGGUACCGUGUGACCGUGGCUCGGAUAGGCCCCAACGGCACCCCUCAGGGAGAGCUCCACCUCCCUGUCACACGCAACCCAUACGCAGAGGUCACCCCGCUGAGCCCCGGGACACCCUACCGCCUCAGCGUCUACACCCUGAAGGGUGGGGAGAUGAGCACGCCGCUGGUCGGAGAACGGGCUACCAAGCCCGAUUCCCCCGCCAAUUUGCACUUCAUCAACGUGACCGAGAACAGCGCCGUGAUCCUGUGGUCGGCUCCCCAGGCCCGUAUAACCGGCUACCGGCUGUUUCUGACCAUGGAAGGGUCCAGCCCGAAGCAGCUGCGCCUCCCCGUCCGCCUGUCUCAGUACACCCUGCUGAACCUCCGGCCGAACACGGAGUACAUCGCCACACUGCAUGCCGAGCAGGACAACACGCUCAGUGAAGGGGCCUCCGGAACCUUCUACACCAGCCAGCCAAUGGGCAGCACCCCUUAUUUCAGCACAGAUGUCACAGACACCUCCAUCAUUAUCUCCUGGAACCCAGUGCCCCGAGUGGAGUACAAGCUGACAGUGAAACCCAGCCAGGGUGGCGAGGCCCCCAGAGAUGUGACCUCUAACUCAGGCAGCAUCUACAUCUCUGGCCUGACCCCCGGGGUUGAGUACACGUACAGCGUCCAGCCAAUCGUCAACGGACGUGAGCAGGGCAACCCGGUCACACGACGUGUAGUCACGCCUCUGUCACCUCCCACGGACCUGCGCCUCGAGUCUCACCCCGAGACCGGUGAAGUCACCGUCCAGUGGAGCGAAGCCUCUACCCCAGACAUCACUGGCUACAGAGUGACAAGCACCCCGACCAAUGGGCAGCGAGGAGACAGCCUGGAGGGCUUUGUGAAUGCGGGCGAGACCUCCAGCAAGCUGGAGAACCUCAGCCCAGGCGUGGAGUACAACAUCUCUGUCUUCACCGUGAAGGACGACGCGGAGAGUGUCCCCGUCUCGGCCACCAUCACACUGGACGUUCCCCAGCUGACAGAUCUCAACUUUGUGGACAUCACCGACACCACCAUCGGCCUGAAGUGGAAUCCCCUGAACUACACGGCGGUCACCGGCUACCGUAUCACCGUGGUGACGGCCGGGGAGAGCGUGCCGAUCUUCGAGGACAUGGUGGAGCCCGGCACCAGUUACUACACGGUGCACGGCCUGGAGCCCGGCAUCGACUACGACAUCUCCGUCAUCACCGUGACCGAGAGCGGCCAGAGCAAGCCCACCACGCUCACGCAGCAAACCGCCGUUCCUGCCCCCACAAACCUGGGUUUCCCCGAGGUGGGUCCCGACAGAAUGCGGGUGACCUGGUCCGCCCCCGUCGUCCCUAACCCCGCCCACAUCAACAGCUUUGUGAUUCGCUACCACCCCAUCGACGAGGAGGACGACAUCACAGAAAGCAGUGUAGCGGGGAAGGAAGACAGCGUGGUUCUUAAGAACCUGAUAUCCAACACUGAGUAUUUGGUCAGUGUUGUCUGUGUCUAUGAAGGGAGGGAGAGCUCGCCUCUGGUCAGCACCCAGAGAACAACCCUGGACUCUCCCAGCGGCCUGCGUUUCUCCGAGGUCUUGACCAACUCCUUCACGGUGCACUGGCAGGCCCCCAACGCCAUCAUCACCGGCUACCGUAUCCGUUACCAGAUGACCACUGGGGGACGGGCCAAGGACGAGAGGUUGCCGCCGUCCAGGAACCACUUCACCCUGACUGGUUUGACCCCUGAAACGGAGUACAUCGUCCACAUCUUCGCCGUCAGUGGUCAGACGGACAGCGAGCCACUCACCGGCAAACAGAAAACCAUCUCUGAUGCCCCUACGGACCUGGAGGUCGUCUCAUCGUCUCCCACCAGCAUCACCGUCCGCUGGGACGCCCCCUCGGUAACUGUCCGCUACUACAGGAUCACCCAUGGAGAGUCUGGCCUAUCAGGUGGACACAGCAUCCCCAAGGAGUUCACGGUUCCCGGGUCCGAGUCCACGGCCACCAUCCAGAACCUGAGACCGGGUACGGACUACACCAUCACGGUGUAUGCUGUGACCGGCCGAGGAGACAGCCCAGCCUCCAGCACACCCAUCUACGUGACACACACAACAGAUGUUGAGUCUCCAACGGAGAUGAAGGUGACUGACGUGAAGGACAGCACCAUCACUGUGCGGUGGGCCCCGGCCCAGGGGCCCGUUCAGGGAUACAGGAUUACUGGGGUCCCAAGGAAUGGACAGGGGCCGUCCUUCUCCGAGACUGUUGCUCCAGAUCAGACGGAGAUGACAUUCUCGGGCCUGCAGCCCACAGUGGAGUACGUCUUGAGUGUGUACGCUCUGGGGCAGGACGGAGAGAGUCCUCCCCUGGUUGAGACCGCUGUGACGGCGGUGGGCCGACCCACAGACCUGACUUUCUCCGACGUCGACUCAACCUCCAUGACGAUAUCCUGGGACUCGCCCGAAGGCCAGGUGACGUCGUACCGCGUCCUGUACGCCAGCCCCUUGGAGGGCGAGAGGGAGUUGCUCCCGGCGCCCCGCGGAGAUGCCGAGUCAGCCACGAUCCACGGCCUCCGACCCGGAAGUGAAUACACAGUGAAGGUCAUCGCCAUCCACGACCGCACACCAAGUCCUCCCCUGGUGGGCGUUCAGGCCACAGCGAUCCCUGCCCCGACCAACCUGGAGUUCUCCCAGAUCACCUCGUCUUCCUUCACAAUCACCUGGCGGCCUGAACCCAACGCCCAUCUGACCGGGUACCGGGUGGUCGUCAACCCAAAGAACAAGAGCGGCCCCACCAAGGAGAUGAACGUAGCCCCAGACACCACACACGUCCACGUGCCGGGACUCAUGGUCGCCACGGUGUACGAGGUCCACGUUUAUGCCUUGAAGAACACACUCACCAGCCGCCCAGGUCUAGGAGAGAUCACCACGCUGGACAAUAUCAGUCCGCCCCGACGUGUUCGCAUCGCCGACGUUAAGGACUCCUCCAUCGCGCUGACCUGGCGCUCCAAGGCCGAGCCAUUCACUGGCUUCCUGGUUGAGGCCCUGCCCACCACCGGAGGCGACAACCCAAUCCAGAGGACUAUCCCCUCUGAUUCCCGCUCCUACACCAUCCAAGGGCUGCAGCCUGGCACCACCUACAAGAUCAACAUCUAUACCCUGAAUGGGAACGGCCGCAGUGCCCCGUUCACCCUCACUGCCACCACAGCUAAGCCUGUGGUGUCUCCGCCCACCAACAUCCGUUUCACCUCCCUGACCCCCAACAGCAUCUCCUUCACCUGGGAGCCGUCCCGUAGUCCCGGGGUCACAGGUUACUACGUCACCCAUGAAGAAGCAGGGGGCAUCCCUCGAGAACUCACCCCACGACCCGCUGCCACACGCAGCUACGCAAUGAUCACAGGUCUGAAACCAGGAACUGAGUACAUCAUCAAGAUUGUUACACUGCAGAAUGCUCUGAGAAGCACUCCUCUAGUGGGCAAGGCUAGAACUCAACUGGCGUCCCAGCUAGUGCCUCAGCUCCCUGUGUCCCACCGGCCCAGACCGGACAUCCUGGAUGUGCCAGAGGACGAGGUUAACUUCCCCAUCGACCCUGAAUUCAGCCCUGUCGACCCCAGCUAUAACAACAACCCUAUUGGAAAUCCUAACCACUUCAACCCCAACGUGAACCCCAAUUUCCCACUUAACCCCAAUGAGAACCCAAACUUCAGUAUCAACCCCAACGGGAAACCCAACUUCAAUACCAACCCUAAUAACAAUCCCAGCUUCCCGCGUAACCCCAGUGAGAACCCCAACUUCAGUAUCAACCCCAACACAAACCUUCCCCUGAAUCCCAUUGGUAAUCCCAAUACCAGCCCCAACGUGAACCCUAACUUCCCACAUAACCCUAAUGAGAACCCCAACUUCAAUACCAACCCCAACAUGAAACCCAACUUCAAUACCAACCCCAACGGGAAUCCUAAUUUCCCGCAUAACCCCAAUGACAACCCAAAUUUUAAUAUAAACCCCAACACAAACCUCCCCAUCAAUCCCAUUGGUAAGCCCAAUUCCAACCCUAGCGUGAACCCCAUCUUCCCCCAUAACCCCAAUGAGAAUCCAAACUUCAAUACCAACCCCAAUACAAACCCCAAUCUGAACCCCAACUUCAAUACCAACCCCAAUGUGAACCCCAACUUCAAUACUAACCCCAAUACCAACCCCAACGUGAACCCCAAUUUCCCCCAUAACCCCAAUGUGAACCCCAACUUCAAUUCUAACCCCAAUACCAACCCCAACGUGAACCCCAAUUUCCCCCAUAACCCCAAUGAGAAUCCAAACUUCAAUACCAACCCCAACGUGAACCCCAAUUUCCCCCAUAACCCCAAUGUGAACCCCAACUUCAAUUCUAACCCCAAUACCAACCCCAACGUGAACCCCAAUUUCCCCCAUAACCCCAAUGAGAAUCCAAACUUCAAUACCAACCCCAAUGUGCACCCUAACUUCAAUACCAACCCCAAUACAAACCCCAACAUGAACCCCAACUUCAAUACUAACCCCAAUACCAACCCCAACAUGAACCCCAACUUCCCCCAUAACCCCAAUGAGAACCCCAACUUUAAUAUAAACCCCAACACAAACUUCCCCCUGAAUCCCAUUGGUAACCCCAAUACCAACCCCAACUUCAAUAUUAACCCCAAUACCAACCCAAACUUCCCCCAUAACCCCAAUGAGAACCCCAACUUCAAUACUAAUCCCAACACGAACCCUAACUUCAAUAUAAACCCCAAUACCAACCCUAACUUGAAACCCAACUUCCCCCAUAACCCCAAUGAGAACCCCAACUUCAAUAUAAACCCCAAUACCAACCCCAACCUGAACCCAAACUUCCCCCUUAACCCCAAUGAAAACCCCAACUUCAAUACCAACCCCAACAUGAACCUCAACUUCAAUAGUAACCCCAAUACCAACCCCAAUGUGAACCCCAACUUCAAUACCAACCCCAACUUGCCCCAUAACCCCAAUACAAACCCUAAUCCCAACUCUCCACUCAAUCCAAACGGGAACCCCAAUUUCCAUGGUACUGGCAACCCAAACCCUAAUUAUAACAACAAUCCUAACCCAAACCCCGACCAGUUCAACCCCAACGGAAACCCAAAUACCAACUUACCCGGCAACCCUAACAACCCUAACUUCAAUGUAAACCCCAACGCCAACCCCAGUGGGAUCCCCAGCUUCAACAACAAUUUCCAGGUAGUGGGGACCACCGGCCAGGACAGCCUGGGCCAGCAGGGCCAGCACAUCUAUACGGAGUACCAGAACCUGGGGCCCAACCAGGGCCCAUCUCCCCACCACCGCCAGCCCCUGGUCUACAUCCCUGUCCCGGGCCCCGAUGGCGAGAGGGUGCCCUUGGUCCGGGUGAUUGAGGGUCCAUUACCAGGUCUGCCAUUUGGGUUCCCGGAGAACGAUACAGAUUUAGGGUUUGGGCUGCCACAAGAGGCGCAGACACACACCACCAUCUCCUGGCCCGGGGUUCCUCAGACCUCGGAGUAUGUGGUGACCUGCAAUCCCAUCAGCAACCUCAACGAGCAGACGUUCCAGAUGCGUUUACCAGGUACCUCCACCAGCGCCACACUGAUCGGCCUGACAUUUGGAGCCUCCUACAACGUUAUCGUGGAGGCCAUGAGAGGACAGAGCAGGGAGAAGGUUCUGGAGGAGGUUGUUACGGCCGACAACUCUGUUCCAGGAGACAGCCUGCCAGUGAACAGGGAUGUGUGCUACGACACAUUCACGGCCACCUACCAUGAAGCAGGCGCAGAGUGGGAGCGCAUGUCAGAAACCGGCUUUAAGCUGUGGUGCAGGUGUCUGGGGCUGGGCAGUGGCCAUUUCAGAUGUGAUUCGUCCAAGUGGUGCCAUGACAGCGGCAACAACUAUCGUAUUGGUGAGAAGUGGGACCGGCAUGCUGAGAAUGGUCACAUGAUGAGCUGCACCUGUCUUGGCAAUGGGAAGGGAGAGUUCAAGUGUGAACCACAUGAGUCAACGUGCUACGAUGAUGGAAAGAUGUACCAGGUGGGCAACCAGUGGCAGAAGGAGUACCUGGGAGCCAUCUGUACCUGCACCUGCUAUGGAGGACAGCAGGGCUGGCGUUGUGAAAACUGCAGGAGGCCAGGAGGUCAGACCGAGGUGGAAGUGGAUGUCCUGCACCCCCAGAUACCCCAAGACGCGUUCGACCGCUACAGAGAGAACGCCUUGAAAAAACUGAACAUCCAGUGUCCCAUCGAGUGUCUGAGACCAGAUCUCCUGGCGUCGGCACAGCUGCUCCUGGCGGAUACACAGCAGCCCUCAGAGUAAAGCCGGAACGGGGAGAAAGGAAAUGAAAGGGGGAAUACCCUCCUCCUAAGACUAUGUGUGUGUGCCUUCCACAGAGUUAUAAAACAUAGAUGGUUCAUCUGGCGCCAGACCGCAACGCCAUCAUCACUCAACUUGAUGGGACUGUCUGUGUGCUGUAUUUCAAUGCUAUCACAGAACAGCUGAAUGGUACAGAUAGAUGAUGUGCGCCUUCUAGGUUUUCUAACUCUAUAGUGCCUUACUGUUCCUUCAGUAAUUAAUCUGUGGUCUGGUCUGACCGAUGACUACCAUCCUGCUGCUUGUCCACAUCGCCACGCCUUUUCACAGCAUCACACCAAAAGAGCCCCCAAGGCAAAGGAAUGGUCUUUAGAAGUUUUGUGUUUUCUCUCUUGUGAGAAAAAGGAAAAUCACCAGAAGGAUUGUAAAGCUGUCCAGUAUUCUUCCCGCGCUGCCUCAAGCAGAGCUCUCCAUCUCUGUGAGACCUUGACCCAGAGAGACAUUAAGACGUUUACAAUGGAAUGUCUGACUGCGUUCAUCACACGCCUGGAGAAUAUUUUCAUCUUUCAACCCAUUUUGCUCAACUGGUCCUACAGAGAACAAAGAGCUGCAUCUGAGAAUCAUUUUCCCUACAUAGUACACUACUUUCUGUCAGCUCCACUUGGAAUUAGUGUACGAUAUAGAGAACGGGAGGAUAUUGGACACAGCCUUGCUCUCACAUAGAAUUAUACUGUUGUCUUGUUCUCUUUCUCUAACACUACACGUAAGUAAUGAAAGUCGGCCGGAAUCAGAUUUUAGAUUAUUUGGUUUAACAUGUUCAACUGAAGUUCACGUUAACAUACUAUCGUCCCAUGUUAAGUAAAUUCAUCUCAUGUCUGAGUCGGGCCUAUUGUGACUAGCUAGUGUGUUUAUUCCUCUGACAACAUUCCCUUUUUUUUUUUAAACCAAGCACUGUCACUGUCUGUAAUUCAAGCAUUGUACCACAGAGCCACAGUUAGCUGGUGUCAAGUCCUUGUCCAGGAGUAGUAUCUUGUUUCAUCUGCUGUCGCCAUUUUGUGUACGGUUGUAUGGAAAGUCAUCAGCUGAGAUGCGUUCUUUGAAACUGAUCUCAGCUGGUGUGCAUUUUUGUAUUUUUCAAGCUUAAAAAAACCCAAACAAAACUUUUUAUUUAUCCCUUUUUAUACAAGCAUUUUGUUUUAAUGCUAUUUGGGGUGUACACUAUUUUUUUCUUUUUUUUAUAUUGUAGGUGCCAAGGUCUGAACUACUGUGGACUAAAUUCCUUUUUAAUAAACUUUUACAAAAAAAUUGGAUACAA